AUCCCAUUAAGCGCCAGAGCGGAGGAUCUUCGUGUUCCCUUUGAAAGGUUUGGUCCCGUUAGGGAUGUUUACUUGCCAAAGGAUUAUUACAGCGGGGUUGUAUUGGUUUGAAGUAAAUACAAGCCCUUGAUUUCUUGAAGAAUGCUUUUUUAAUAAUCCUACAAUUCAUUUGCUUGGCAAGAUAGAGUCUUGUGUGAAUCAAGAAGUUCUUCUACGAAGACAAAGACUUGAUUGGUAGAGAAAUUUAAUUUCACGGAGGGAAGAGACUUGUACUGUGUGGUUGGUCCAUGAGAAGAUAAAAUGGGGCGAAGUUGAUUUCAAGUACUUUCAUGACUUUUCACAUUGGGGAACUGAAGCAAAUGCUUUUACGAAGAUGCUCGAUGCUCUUUACGAGAAUUGCCGUACCGUAGUUGUUAUACAAGAAACAAAGAUACUAGAGCGUGGACGUGUAACUGCCUUUUGCAGCUCUUGCUUCCCUUUUGACGGAGAUGGAGCCGCGAGGGUUUGCGUUUGUGGAGUUUGUCGACCCUUAUGAUGCCUCUGAGGCCCAAUAUCACAUGAAUCGCCAGGUAUUUUUUGGCCGGGAGAUAACGGUCGUGCUUGCUGCUGAGUCGCGGAAAAGGCCAGAGGAUAUGCGUACUAGAACUAGAGUCAGGGGGUAUUCUGGAGGUGGUCAUGAAGGCCGCCGUUCGUCUCACCAUGGGAGAUCUCGUUCGCGUUCACGCUCAUUCUCCCCUGGCCCUCGUGGUGGUGGCCGUGCUCGGUCAAGGUCAUACUCUCCUGCUCCUAGAAGGCGAGAUGACUACUCUGCUUCACCACGGGGAAGGGAUUCUCACCGCACAAAAUCUCCUGUGCGUCACCCAAAAGAACAUGGAGAAGACAAGCGGAAAUCCUAUUCUCCUGCUGGUGGGGAAGGUGACCAACGUGAUGCUGAUAAUGGUUAUGAUAAGAGGUCACCAGCCCCAGACAGUGAUGGUUCCCCUUCACGCCGUAGGGCAGCCAGGCCAGCUUCAGGUUCACCUCCAGGAUCCCGCUCUAGGUCCCCUGAGGCCUCCCCCGCCCACAGUGACUGAUAAGAAGUUGCCACCAG